AUGAGCCGUCCAUUUCGUCCGCUGUUUCCUGACAAGCAAGAGCGACAAUCCGUUCCACUGCCAAAAAAUCAAAAUGUGCCAAAUUGUCUAUCCAUAAUCACGCCGCCGACUCAAAAAGUAAACUGAAUUCCUCAGGAAACUCCAUUGCAAUCUAAUUGAAGAAAAUUUUAUUUCAAACGAGUUCGCAUUAGAUUACAAAUGUUUCUAAUUAGAUUGCAAAAUCUUCUAAUUAGAUUGCAAAAUGCUGUUACUAGAUUACAAACUCUUCUAAUUAGAUUGCAAUCGAGUUCCCAGAGUCAUCGCUAUAGCCCCUCGGUGUUCGCUGACUCAAGCAAAAAUUUCUGAAAUAAGGCUUGAAUAAGCAAACACAGAGGGGGCAAGAGCGGUAAAUUGAGUAUAUUGUGCCGACUGGAAGCUCUUCAGAACGAACUUUUUCAGCCACUUGCUCCGUUCCCGGCUACAACUGAGUGGACAGAUCGAGUUCCAGUCCCAUUGACCGUAAAUAAAACUGAGUGGACAGAUCGGGCUCCGAUGUGGACCAAUCCGCCGGUUCGUGCUAUGCCGUCGCAAGAUGUCCGUCGCACCGGAAUAGAUCAUCUUUCAUUCAAUUCACAUACCUCGGUUUUUGACAAUUCCAAAACUCGCUACGAUUUAAGAGGACCACGAAGCCGGGAGCAAAAACCGCCGAUGAUGACGAAUGCAGAGAGAAAGAGACAAGCUCAAGGCCGGAACCAAGCACAGAAGCAGCAAUCGAGAACUGCUGUGCAGGAUGCAAAGAAACAUGGCAACCAUAGGGGCCGCAGGAAGAGUCCAAGUGGAUCAAGGAAAGGAUUGAGAAAGCAAAUGGAGGAGUGUAUAGAAGUGAAUGUUCGCACGAUUCAGACGAGUAGCCAAACGCGGAAUGCACAAGCUAAUAAGCAUCGAGUUCCGAUAAGAGAGCACCACCCGAGAAGAGAAGUCGAGCAGCAGAAGGUCUUGCAUGAAAUGCACCACAUUGAAACAGAUGUGAGAGAUGAGCACGAGAUGGUCAAAACAUUGGAGACUGUUACUGUGAAACAGGAACAAAAACAAGUGAGAAAAAGGCAACGAAUGAAUAUGAUCGCACUAACUUAUUUACAGGUCUCAAAGACUACUCCAUUCUCCGAAAAACAAGGGCUCCAGCCGUUGGGAACGGAAUCGGGGCCACCAGAAUCAAAUGUUCCCACUCAAGAAAUCAGGAAGGCAGAAAUAAAAGACAGUCAUGUCCAAAUGAAGCUUCCAGAGCAAGUAAUCACUCCGCCGAAGAAUAUCUUGAAACAGAAUACAGAAAAGGUGAUUGCUCAGAAAAUAGAUUUUCAAGCAGUUGUGCAGACGGGGUGUAGGCUCAUUGGAAGUAGAAGGUUCCAGUCCGUGAGUGACAACAUUGUUUCCGUGAAAAAAGUGCGUUUUCAGAUUGAGAAAGAUCUCGGAAUAGGUCAAACAUCACCUUCGCCGCGAGUAAACUCCCGUCACUUUUCUUAUUCUCCAUCCACUAAAAGUGCCCGUGCCACGAAACCGUCCUCUCAUCCAAAAAUUCAAAAGAGUGCCGUGAAAAGUCCAGCUACUCCGUCUCCGUCUCCAAAACCAUUCGAACCCGAGGACUACGUGAGAUCAGUCCGUUUUCAGUUUUCAUACUCUUCUUUCUGCAGGAUCAUUUAAAACAAACCAAUGAAGUCAUCGCGAAUAUCCAGAAAAAUCGAGAGGAAGAAGCACUCAAAAAGAGACAUUUGAUGUUCCUCCCUACCGCUUUCUACGAUAAUUCAUUCAUCGCAACAACCAUUCGUGUAAUUUUCCUCUUCCGUUUCGAUAUUUAGUACUUUCCUUUUUUCCAGGAUCUUUACAGAAAGUUCAAAGUGUCCGAUGUUGUUGUUCACUGCGACAAAGACGGAAAACGACUCGGCUCUGGAACUAUGCUGGUUUUCCCAGAAUUCCGUAAUAAAGUGAGAGACUAUUCUCAGGAUAGUGACUGGAACGGUGAGCACUUAGAUGAACUGAUCGAAUUAAUUGAUUGACUUCAGCCCUGAAAUUGAUUCGAUUGUGUGAACGAUCACUUGAAGAGCAUUCCGAGACGAACAUCGACCUUUUCUUCCAGUUCUCUCAUACCUGGACAGACGAAGACAUCAAGGUAAGAGACAGAACGGUCAUGUCAGAUUCCAUUUUAUUUGCAGGAAAAGAUCGAGAAAGGUUUCCAUGCCACCUUUUUCCAAAUAAUCUACGACGAGUACGGAAACCGUUCAAGCUAUGCGAUCGUCUGCAUGCAGUACAAAAACGCACUUUUACUCGACAAAAUGCUGUAUUUGAACGGAUCCAGUAGGCGGCAAGUGAAGUGCUCAGACGAAAACCAAAUUACAGAGUUCGACGCUACCCACAGACUCAAGCUGUUCGAGAUCGCUACACCUUCAGCACGACCUUCCAAGUAG